GCAGCAGCUUGUUGCUGUGUGUUGGGUGCCGAGGGAGGGAAGCAGGGAGGAGUUUGGCUCAGGCAGCUUUUGCAUUCAGUUGUCCGCCUUUAUAAUGUAGCCAGGACGUCACAGCCAUGUACUGUAACACAAGAAGUUAAAGAGGCAGAGGGGAAACAGCUAUCCCUCAACUUCUAGUCCUUAACAAAGGCAGAGGCAGGCAGGGAUCUGUCAAGAGAACCCGGCGCCAAGAGGGGGAGGAAAACACAACGGGGGGGCUCGGAGAGAUCCAGGGAGGCGCAAUUAAUGGAGGAAGAACGUUUUGAGGAGGCGAGGGAGGGGGCAAUUGAGCUCAGGCGGCCCCAGCGAUGUCCUAUUGGAUUACGUGGGGAUCUUGUUGCUGGUGAAGCAUAGUGGCGUGCAAGGCCCUUCCCUCUGUCUGGCCAAAUUUCUGUCCUUGGUUACAUGCCGACAACCUCAUUGACAUUGAAAUUGCAGGGGUGUAACUAAGGGUGCUCAUUGCCAUCCGCUUACAGAACAUACAUGAAUAAAGUGACACCUCAGACUCCUUUGAGCAAUUGAUAGGGGAAACUUUAACCUGAGAAUGAAGAGAUAAACACUCAGCAGAACCGUAUGAUUGAAACCAUAGCCCAGGCCUCCGCUGUUGGACAAGGCUUUGUCCUUUUGCCCUGUACAACCGAUGUUGCAGUAGUUCAGAUGGAUUGCAGCAAGGAGGCAGAGAUGGAAUUACGAAGAUCCUCUAGUCCUAGCAAGGUAAACAAGAGCGACAUUGAUGGAGACAAGUCCAUGUGCCACAGCUGCUGCAUCUGUGGCAAGAGUUUUCCUUUUCAGAGCUCCCUGUCUCAGCACAUGAGGAAGCACACAGGAGAGAAGCCCUAUAAAUGUCCUUACUGCGAUCAUAGAGCUUCCCAAAAGGGCAAUCUGAAGAUACACAUUCGGAGUCACAGAACAGGCACUUUAAGUCAGGGGCAUGAGGUGGAGAUGGGAGAAGCACAGCUUGGAGAGAUGGGAGUCUCAGAAGGCCUUGACGGAUGCACCAGCCCCACCAAAAGUACAUCUGCCUGCAACAAGAUUCUGAACGGGGCAACUCAGGCAGACAACAGCAAGAUUUUGUUGAGAAGCAGCAAGAAGGAGGUUGUCACAGAGGCACCACCUGCAGAAGAUGGCAAGCUACCCACUUAUCAGUGCACCUUCUGCAAAAACAAGUUUGAGAGAAAGAAAGACCUGGAACAGCACCUACAUCAAGUCCAUAAGCCGUACAAAUGCAGGCUUUGUAGCUACAUGACAUUAAGAGAAGAGACACUGUUAAACCAUAUAGAGAAAGACCAUAUUACAGCUCAAAUUCCAAAUGGGGAAGCUUACACUGAGAAUUGCAAGAGUGAGCUGAAUGCAGGGGAAUUUCCUUGUGAAGUCUGUGGUCAGGCCUUCAGUCAAACUUGGUUUCUCAAAGCUCACAUGAAAAAGCAUAGAGGAUCAUUUGAUCAUGGAUGCCACAUUUGUGGCAGAAGAUUUAAAGAACCCUGGUUUCUCAAAAACCACAUGAAAUCACACGGUCCAAAGACGGGGAGCAAAAACAAACCAAAAAAUGAUUUAGAGCCCAUAGCCACUAUUAAUAAUGUGAUACAGGAGGAAACAAUUGUGACUGGCUUAUCUCUGUAUGAAGUUUGCACCAAGUGUGGGAAUCUGUUUACAAAUAUGGAAAGCCUAAAAGCACACAAUGCUGUACACUUGAGAGCUCAAAGAAGCAGUACUGAGAACAAGACUGAGGGGUUAAUUGAUGGAAGCCUAGAUCCAUCUGUAAAUAAGCAAUUUUUCUUACAGUGCCUGAAUCUGAGCCCAGCUGUAGGGAUAGAUAGAGUUACAAGUGGACAGCCUGGAAAAAGGGUAGCUGAGCUGGAUCCAGUGAGUAGCUACCAGGCCUGGCAGCUGGCCACCAAAGGAAAAGUAGCGGAGCCUUCUGAGUAUGUAAAAUAUGUGGGAUGGGAUGAAGUCCUUGCUGAUGCAGAUGUGACUUAUGACAAGGAUAAAAGAGAAUAUAUUCUUGUCAGCCAGGAGAAGCGCAAGCGAGAUCAGGAUUCACCCAGCUCCUCCAGCAACCCCAAGAAGAAAAGCUGUGUCAGUGGGCGCUUGGAAAAGAACAGCAAUGUGCAACAAGGAGAAAACUGUAUCCUUGCCCAGAGUGACCUGGACUACAGACCCUCCUCAAGGCAGAGCAGAAGGGCAUCCCAAAACAAGUCUACCGAGUGCUUUGAAUGUGGAAAGAUUUUCCGCACCUACCACCAAAUGGUGCUCCAUUCGCGGGUGCACAGGAAAGAACGCAGGAGCUGCAGUGAGAGUGGGACCAUUGCUCAGCCAGACCGGUAUGGAUUCAGCAGUGAAGAAGGGGAUUCUGGUUCUGUUAGUGGGCCAAGCACUCCAGGCUCAGCAUCUGCCCCAGAAGAUUCUGUGACCUCUGGAAUGGGUGAAGAGGGUGCUGAGGACAGCUCUGAGGAAGGAGUAUCUGAACCAUCACUAGGUAAAAAGCCAUAUCACUGCAGUUUUUCUGAAGAGGGGGCACCAAUGGUAACAUCUCAGGUAGAAGAGCUUCCUAAAUUUGGAAGUGACAAUGCUAGAGAAAAAGAUGCCAAUGAAUCUAAACCAGAGCUAUCAACUUUGGUAUUUACCCUGGAAAACAAUAUCAAACGUCCCUUUCCAAAGUAUGAAGUUCAGAGAAAUUCUUCAAACUUAAAGAUGCCAGCAUUUCAACCUAGACAAGAGCUUCCUUGCUCCAGUAGUACUGCUGACUUUGCUUCAGGAGUGGGCCAGACAUCUUUAGAUGCGGUAGUAGACUUGAAAACCUCAUUGGAAAAGCAGGCUAGUCACCCUAAAGAAAAUUUCUCAGACUUGUGCAGGGAGCACCCUGUUCUUGAAAAAGGGAGAGAGGCACAAGAUAUGGUUCCACUAGAUUUAAGUGAAAAAUCAACGAGGGCAGAUUCAUGCAAUAAGGGUUUUACCUCAUCUUUGCAGGCUGAUUUGAUUGUCCACCUGUGUCCUUACUGCAAUCAUAAGACCUAUUACCCUGAAGUCCUGUGGAUGCACAAAAAAAUUUGGCACAAAGUCAGCUGUAACUCGAUGGCUCCACCAUGGAUUCAACAAAAUGGAUUCAAGAGUAUAAAAAACAACUUGGUUUUUCUGGCAAGAAGUGGACGCACUGGUCCUCCUCCAUCCCUUGGUGGUAAAGAAUGCCCACCUUUGCCUGUUGCCAGGUUUACACGCACUCAAAUACCAAGUGCGUUGCCAGGAUCCAAAAGCAAUUCUUCCCCUGUUGGGAUGACUACAAAGCCUGGUAGUAUGCAUCAGUCUAAGGACAGCCAUUCGUUUGGCCACGGUGGUCCACGUUCAUCAGGUCUUGAUGGGUACAGGCAGCCCAAAUCAAACCAUACCCAGGAGCAGCACAGCAUAGCAGCACAACAGUCUCAACUUAAAGCUAAAUAUGAAGUAAACUCCAAACUGAUGCAAGCGGCAAGCUUUAGCAGAAGCCUAACACCCACCCAGACAGUCGUCUCAAGGCCCACCUCACAGCCUGCCAACAGUAAACAGGUAGAGAAGUACAUGAUUCCCCAAGGAAGUGCUGUUUUUCACUCUUCAAGUAAGCAUUGUGCAUCUGACCCCAUAAAAGCCAAAUUCAACCCACUGCCUCAGUAUCACCCUCUGUGUAAAACUGAGCAGUACAGUAAACAUGAAGAUCCGUCAGUGCCUCAACGGGAAUCUCACACCAAGGCUGGGAAUGAGAUGAGGACAUUGGCAAACUGCACAACAGGAGCAAGAGCGAGUCCACUAAUGCAGCCUCAGCCUAGCACAGCAGGAGCUUCUCCAGCUUUACACUCCAUCAAACAAGAACCAGCAUCAGAGGGGCACGAGAAACGUUUGGACAUUUUUUUUAAGACCUACAUUCCAAAGGACCUUGCUUCGUUGUACCAAACCUGGGGUGCCAAUAGCCCUGUGCUGGAUCAUGCAGGGAUGCUUAGGACACAAACACGCCAAGGAGACUAUGUCUGCAUAGAAUGUGGAAAAUGCUUUAACCAGCACAGUCACUUCCGGACUCACAUGAGGUCCCACACAGUGGUAUUUGAGUCUAAUGGACUCCGAGGUACUGAAGUUCACACCACCUCUGCAGAUGCCCCAAAACAAGGGAGAGACCAUUCCAAUGCAGAUAUUGUCCAUACAGUGCCUCUCAGAAAGGGAACCUAAAAACACAUUACAGUGUGUGCACUGGGUACCCUUUGACAACAGCCAGUACCCUGAUCGACGAGUCCAACAACUACAAAGUGAUGAUCCCAACAACCCUAUAGAAGAACAGCUGGAA